AUGGCUCCCAGAUUGCCGACGCAGCCACAUCUCCAGGAUGAGGUUCUUCUCGAAAGUUUACAGAACCCAGAGGAAUUCUGGGCACACCAAGCGGGGCACCUCCAUUGGCACAAGAAGCCAGACACCACCCUCCGAAUGGCCCAGCAGACACUUCCCGACGGUACUGUUCACCCCACUUGGGAGUGGUUCUCCGGCGGCGAGAUAUCGACCUGCUACAACUGUGUCGACCGUCAUGUAUUGGCCGGCAACGGGGACCAGGUGGCCAUAUAUUAUGACAGUCCGGUGACCAAUACGAAGGAAAGAUAUACGUACAAACAACUCCUUGAUGAGGUUGAGGCGUUAGCCGGGGCGCUUAGGCAAGAAGGGGUCAAGAAGGGCGAUGUGGCAAUGCUGUAUAUGCCAAUGAUCCCCGCGGCCUUGAUUGGAAUCCUCGCGGUUAACCGUCUUGGAGCUAUCCACUCCGUUGUUUUUGGGGGCUUUGCACCGAAUGCGCUGGCUCAGCGGAUUGACGCUUGUCGGCCAGUUGCUCUCCUCACGGCCUCAUAUUGA